AUGGUUGGGAGAUAUAGAAUUGGCUACAAACCCCCUUCAUACCAUGAGUUAAGAGAAACCCAAUUAAAGAAAGCAGUGACCAAUGUUGAUGAAAUGCUUACCGAGUUUAAGGUAGAGUGGAAGAGAGCUGGUUGUUCAAUCAUGUCGGAUGGAUGGACUGAUAAAAAAAGCCGUAGUAUUAGUAAUUUCUUGGUGAACAGCCCUAAAGGAACAUUUUUCCUUUAUUCAUUGGACACUUCUGACAUAUCAAAAACAACAGAUAAAGUUGUCAAAAUACUAGAAGAUGCUGUAGAAUUUGUUGGCGAAGAGAAUGUAGUCCAAAUUGUUACAGAUAAUGCUGCUAAUUAUAAGGCUGCUGGAGAAAAAUUGAUGGAGACUAGAAAAAAAUUGUACUGGACACCAUGUGCUGCACACUGCAUUGAUUUGAUAUUGGAGGAUUUUGAAAAGAAGUUAAAGACAACUAAGGUUACAUCAACGCCUAAAGGAAUAAGAGUCCAAAACAUGGCCUUGGAUAGUAGGCUAUGGAAGAAUAUUGUCAUAUGCCUCAAGGAUGCUGCUCCUCUCAUUACAGUCCUUCGCUUGGUAGAUUCAGAUGAAAAAUUAGCCAUGGGUUUCAUCUUUGAAGGCAUGAGAAAAGCCAAAGAAAUAAUCAAGACUAACUUCGGUUGUGUUAAAAAGAGUUAUGAACUUAUAUGGAAAAUUAUUGAUGGAAGGUGGGAAAGCCAACUGCAUAGACCAUUGCAUGCUGCUGCGUAUUAUCUUAAUCCUCAUUAUCACUAUGAACCUAAUUUCAUGGUUGAUGAUGCUGACAUUAAGAUUGAUCUAUAUAGUUGUUUGAAAAAACUAGUUCCUAACUAG